GCACAAACGCGUUAUUGCGGAUGGCGUCGGGCUGUUGGGAUUUUACCUGAAGAAACGGAAUUUUCAUCAGAUUAUUUAUGUCUAACCAGGAGGCAUGGAGCGCCCAGCAUGUAUUUUGGAGGAGUUGAAGCAGUUUGUCGUAAGCGAAGCUCCGCCCACAGCGUAUUGUGUUCCAGAUUUCAUAUCUGAGGACGAGGAGUCGUACCUCCUCCAGCAGGUCUACAGGUCUCCAAAGACUAAGUGGACUCAGUUGUCGGGCCGGAGGCUCCAGAACUGGGGAGGGUUACCACACCCCAAAGGCAUGCUGGGAGAGCGGCUUCCCGAUUGGCUCCAGACGUACUGUGAGAAGAUUUCGUCUCUGGGCACGUUCAGUGGGAAAACGGCCAAUCACGUGCUGGUGAAUGAGUAUAAACCAGGAGAGGGGAUCAUGCCCCACGAGGAUGGGCCGCUGUACCACCCCACCGUCACCACCAUCAGCCUGGGCUCUCACACCCUGCUGGACUUCUAUACGCCGCUCAGCAGCACUGAGGGCGCCGCACCGCAGACAGCGGAGAGCCGCUUCCUGUUCUCGCUUCUGGUAAGGCCACGAAGCCUUCUCAUCCUGCAGGAUGAAAUGUACCAGCGCCUCCUUCACGGUAUCCAGGGGCGCGAGCAGGACACGCUGACCGAGAAGGUGGUGAACCUGUCUGCCGCCGGGGCGCAACUGGGUGAGGAGCUGAACCGAGGCACCAGGGUGUCUCUGACCAUACGGCACGUGCCCAAGGUCAUCAAGACGAAGCUGAUGCUGGGAAAGCGAUGAAGAGCGAUAGAGCUGACACUACAGCACAGUGAUGGAGUUUUAGAGAUGGAUUCACCGAGUGAAUAUUAAAAGGAUUUUAGCAUCUGUGUGUAAAACGACCAGAACUGAUCACCACUGAGUCUUUAAGUUUUAUGUUUUAAUCAAGUAAUCUGAUGCACUUUCACACCUGGAAUAAUUUAUUUGGAGUUCAUCAGAUGUUUGUUUAUGUGACAGAUGAAAAUAAAUACGACCAUAAGCGGUGUGUGCGCCGUGGGUUUGCUUACAAACACAUCCACCAGUCUGUUAGUCUGUCUUAGUAAAGUGAUGCACCGCCAUGUGCUGCCAGCAUGGGCAUGAGACACAGUUUAAAAGUCCAGCAGAGGCCGGAUACUCAAAGAGCUGAACUUUAAAGUCACACAGGUCAUGCAAAACUUCCAUUAGAAGUAGUGGACAGAGCGAUUAAACAAGCACGGCCAUUCCUGUGGUUUUACGUAUCAGCAGGUCUUAAAAUGAUUUAAAUAGAUGAGCAACACAACAUGACACAUUACACUGUCUCAUUAUUUAACAUAAACUGAACAAAAGUGAAGAAACAGUGCUGUGAAAACUCAGUAUGUCCUCAUCGCUUCCACACGAAUUCGGAAUAACUAUCGUCUGGAGCAUUCAGGUGUGUUAACACAAUCCAACAAUCUUCCCAGGAGUAGAUACCCCAACACAUUCACUCCAAGGUCAGACUGAGAAAUACUUAGAGAAAAAAAAUCCAAGAGCUCCAUGUCGGACCCAACCGGCUUCAGGCAGCUAAAGGUUAAAGUUCAAGGCUGAAGAAAUAUGCUUUGUUUGGAAGGGUUACCUGGAGAAAGCCUUUUCUCUCUAAAAAGAACAUGGCAGCACGGCUUAAGUUAGCAAAGCUGCAUCUGAGCAGUGUUAGAGGUCUGUGCAUAAAUGAAUGUCUGCAAACACCAGAGAACUGAAGCCAACGCUGUAAAGAAAGGGUGGGUCAAAGUUCCUCCACAACAGUGUGAAACACUUGAUCAGAAAAGCAUGACUUCAAGUUUUGGCUAUUACGCCACCACGUAAAGGGAG